AUGACCGUCAAGGAACAACAGAGGGGAAAUCAGAAUAUCACUCCGGAACAACUUAAUAAGCUUUCACUGUUUGCUCAAAAGCUAUCAACACCACCACAACAUAUAAGAAAGUUCCAACGACUUCCGAAGCCCAAGUUCAGUCCUCUAUACACCAAGCUUCAAGUAUCAAGUGUCCAGACAUCGGAGUCUUGUCUACUAUCAAAGGGGAAAAGAGUUUCUACUGUCGUCCCAGCAUCUCGGUUUAAACAUUUGGAACGUGUUGUGGUUGCCGUAUUAGAAUCAUUAGGGAACCUAUUGGAUAACUUGCAUUUGAUUCUGCACAUGCCUUACUUCCCCAAAAUACUCCAGAGAGUACUUACUCACACCAAUAAGCUCUGGGUUGUGAUAUUGGUAUUUUUGAUACGAAAAACCAUCACUCAGUUGCUUAAUGUUCUCCGUAGAGAACGCAAGGUAGAAACAGAGUUGAAAUUGGUGGGGAAGAUCGAUGAUACUCGUUUGGGGGCACGAUAUGAAAAGGUUCUAAAGGACUUACGUUUUGACAAGUCUAUGCUAUACAUUGAAUUGGUAGGGAACUUUAUGGAUUUGUCUUUCAACUUGUUGGAGUUGUACAAAGUCGCCGUACCUGAUUGGUGCAUGACCAUCUUGAAUAUGGGAAGCAUGUUCAUGACUAUUUAUAGAAUGAACAAGGAUGAUGAAUAUGUGGAUGAUGAUAUUACCGAGGAUCUUCUUUAA